AUGUUCUGGCAGCUGGAAGGUCUUGGGAUAACAGACGGCGCAAAUGACCAGCGCUCAGAGGACGACGCAGUGUGGCUACAUUUCCAGGACACCAUACAAAAGGAGGACGGCCGAUAUAAAGUGAGUUUGCCGUGGAAGACUGGCAGUGCCACGCUGAGGGACAACCGGGAAGUGGCUGAGCGUAGGCUGAGAAGCCUGAUGAAGAGACUUCGUUCGAACAAAACUCUUCUGCUGGAGUACGAUUGUGCGAUGAGGAAGUACCUCAACGACGGACAUGCAGAGGUAGUUACCGAAGCGGAGCAAGCACCAACAGAGCAUAUUUACUAUAUGCCACACCAGGCGGUUGUCCGGGAGAAUUCAACGACAACGAAGCUCAGAGUUGUCUUUGAUGCUUCUUCGCAUGCCCCGGGGACCGCAUGUCUGAACGCGCAUCUCGAAAAGGGACCGAAGCUAAACACGGAACUACUGCCGCUGCUGUUGCGCUUUCGGACGGUCAAGGUCGCUCUGGUGGCGGACAUUGCCAAAGCGUUCCUCCAGAUUGUAGUCAGGGAAGAGGAUCGUGACGCACUUCGUUUCCUGUGGUGUAACGAAACGCCGAAGGAAGAUGGUCAGUUGCCCAACGUGGAAGUCUGGAGAAUGACCAGAGUACCGUUCGGUACAACCUCCAGUCCUUUCCUUUUGUCGGCGACAAUACGGUACCAUCUAAAGAAUGUGGAGGAGCACCUACAGGAAACUGCAGCGCAUCUUGCAAAUUCCUUUUUGUGGAUGACCUAUUGA